GUGUGUGUGACUGUGUCUGUGUGUGCGCUGCCUCUCUCUCUCCUCCUCAAAAGUAGUAUCUGUUAACAUUACGUGGCGGGUGGCGCUUAAACCUUCUUCUGCAACAAUCACCACCACCACCACCACCCGAGCGGAAAGUGUACACGUUAUUGCCACCUUUUAUGAAGAAAGAAAGAAAGAAAAAAAAAGAGAGAAAAGUUUUGCAAUGUAACCUCUGGUUCUGCCACAAGACGCUAUAGAAAGAAUUACAAAGAGGAUAAAGGGGUGACUUGAAGACAUUGUUGGAAUAGGAGAAUCUGCCUUUUUUUUCACCCAAGACAACCGAGACAUAAAAAGAAGCAAUAACAGCAAUGCAGCAAGUACUGGAGAACCUCAAUGAGUUUCCUGUGUCUACGGGAGCCAAGGAAAUAGAUCUCAUCUUCCUCAAAGGAAUAAUGGAGAGUCCCAUUGUCCGAUCUCUUGCCAAGGCUCAUGAGCGAUUGGAAGAAACCAAACUGGAAGCCGUGAGGGAGAAUAAUGUGGAACUUGUGAAACAAAUUUUAGAAGAUAUCAAUCCCAUCUCCACUGGCAACGAGAGUGCUACAGAACUCGCUAAAAUUCUGAAAGAACCACACUUUCAGUCCCUGUUGGAAGCCCAUGAUUUGGUUGCAUCAAAGUGUUAUGAAACACCACCUCCUAGCCCUAACGUAUUAAAUGAUUUCCUGAACAACCAAACGGCAUCUGGAGACGCUAUUCGGAUGAUUGGAAUUCAGAAAAAAGCUAUGGAGCCUUUGGGGGUUACCUUCAGGGUGGAGAAUAAUGAGCUGGUCAUCGCAAGGAUUCUCUACGGUGGCGUGAUUGACCGUCAAGGUCUCCUCCACGUUGGUGAUAUCAUUAAAGAGGUAAAUGGGAGUGAAGUGGGUCCUGACCCCAAGGCACUUCAAGAAACUUUGAAGAAUAGCAGUGGUGGAAUCACAUUCAAAAUCUUACCCAGCUACAAGGAAACACCUUUACCACAGCAGGUGUUUGUGAAAUGCCACUAUGAUUACAAUCCAGCCAAUGACAGCUUGAUCCCUUGCAAAGAUGCAGGAUUGAAAUUUUCCAGAGGUGAUAUCCUUCAGAUUGUGAAUCGAGAAGACUUCAACUGGUGGCAGGCUUAUAAUUUGAAGGGAGGAGGAAGUGCAGGCCUCAUUCCCAGUCAGAUGCUGGAAGAAAAGAGGAAAGCGUUUGUUAAACGGGACUGGGACCUUUCAGGACCAUUCUGUGGAACAAUUACUGGUAAAAAGAAGAAAAAGAUGAUGUAUCUCACUACAAAAAAUGCAGAAUUUGAUCGACAUGAAAUCCUGAUCUAUGAGGAAGUAGCCAGGAUGCCCCCUUUUCAGAGGAAGACCCUGGUGUUAAUAGGAGCUCAAGGUGUAGGGCGGCGGAGUUUAAAAAACCGACUCAUUGUGAUGAAUCCCAUUCGAUUUGGAACAACAGUCCCUUUUACCUCAAGAAAGCCAAGAGAUGAUGAACUGGAUGGCCAUGCGUACAGAUUUGUAUCACGCACAGAAAUGGAAGCAGACAUUAAAGCCAGCAGAUACCUGGAACAUGGAGAGUACGAGGGAAAUCUGUAUGGGACAAAAAUUGACUCAAUCCAUGAAGUUGUUAGCACAAGAAGGAUGUGCAUUUUGGAUAUUAACCCACAGGCACUGAAGAUACUGAAGACAGCUGAAUUUAUGCCAUAUAUUGUGUUUGUUGCUGCUCCGGAAUUAGAAACACUACGUGCCAUGCACAAAGCUGUCAUUGAUGCUGGAAUCACAACUAAGCUUCUGACAGACACGGACUUGAAAAAAACAGUUGAUGAAAGUGCUCGGAUUGAGCGAGCAUACAGCCACUACUUUGAUUUGACCAUUGUCAAUGAUAACUUAGACAAAGCUUUCGAAAAGCUGCAGACUGCGAUAGAGAAACUAUUUACAGAGCCACAGUGGGUCCCAGUUAACUGGGUCUACUGAUGGAUAAAUUGAAGAUUAAAUUUUUGUGUGAAUAACUAAUGAAUCCAAUGUCAAGUUUUGCAGAACACAUUAGAUACAGAGGCUGGAUAUCUCACGCCUUUAUAUUCUUUUAGGUUCUGUUUAUACUACAUUAUUUUGGCUUUUUUUAUAAAUAACUGAAGGGAAGUGUUCUUAUAAAUGUAAUUUAUUUUAAUUUUUCUAACUUUUUACAAAUGGUCUUUCUACCCAUGCAUAUCACGUGAAGGAAAACCAGUUGCAUGGAAAAACUUUUUUUUUUAAUUCUGUCUUCACAUAUCUGUCUAAUUUACCGGCAUAUAUUCUGAAUUGUGAGAUUUUUUUGAUGAAAAGUAAAAUGUUUUCUCAAAUUUUGAUACUGAAGUUGGUUUAAAACAAAAUUCCUGUGUUAAUUUAAGCUCUGUUACAUGUAUUGGCCUUUUAAUGAUACAGCCACUGAAGAUUUGCAUCGGGAGAUGCGUAAACUGAUGUGUUUGUCGUAGAUGCAGACAAAAUGAAAUUUGAUUUUUACAUAAGAGGAUUGGCAUGGUCACACUGUUUAGAAUGGUAACAAACAAAACUUCAGUCUAUUCCUCAAGCGAAUAUUGUUCUUGACAAACCAACACACAUUUGAGACCAUUGUACACUUAAUGUUAGAAGGCACCACCAACCCAUACUUACACUUGGUUUUGCUUUAUUCCAGGACAUUUUAAUUAUUUUUGUUCUAGUUGUGUUCUAUCAUUGAAUUAGGUUUUGGAUAAUCCCUGCAAAAUUGAACAACUCGAGUUCCUCACAGUGUAAGAUAGUAGUCUGAAGCAGUUCCAGCUGUUCUGAAAACCAGCCAAGUCACAACUGGCUGUAAUUCUUUGUACUGUUCAUAAAUUGUAGAGCAGACAUGUAUGAAUCUAAUCAAAGCAGUUUUAAAAUUAAGCCUUGUUCAAUCUAAAUCCCAUUUCUUGAUCCUCUGUGCUGGACUCGAGCUUGGAGGUGAGAUGGAUGUUCAUUGAUAUACUCACAACCUCUGCUCUGCCCAUCAGUAGAGGAGACUAACAUUAAUCCCAGAUAGAGCCUGCCUGAUCAGUUGCAUUUUGCUUGCCUGGGUAUUGUGACUGACCAUAUGAUGAAGUUUGAUAACAUUUUUUAAUCUCUGUGAGAGGCAGAGCAUUUCACGUUAGUGUAUGGGGAUUGAAGACAAUCUUGAUUAUCACAAACAUUGCCGCUUUCCAUCACCAGAUUGUUUUAUUUCACGUGGUCCAAGGUUCCCUUUGGCUGCAAUAUGUGGUGCAAGAGACCGAGCAUUUCUACCAGCCUAACCCCAACACUUAUGCUGUACUUUCCAUUGUUUGCCUUAUUCUAAGACUACUUAAAUUCUAUGAGGGUCAUCUCUUUCCAUCUUUACUUUUCCUUAUCAACCCGAUCUUCCAUUUAUUCCAGCAGAUCCCAAACGUGUGAUAAUCUGGGGCUCCACAGCUUCUAUUACACUCUGUGACAUUCAUCUCAACUCCUUAAUGUGACAGGAGAGCUGCAAUUGCUGAUUCUUCCGAUACCUGAAUUUCCAUUUACAUACUACAGUAAUUUUUUUCUUCAAAUGCCACAUCCUACAGACUGUGAUAGACGUAUCUGAUUGAUGAGGCAGAGCUUUCAAUCUGCCUAUAUUUGCAAUUUACUCAUAUCUGUCUUCACUCAACCCACUUAAUAUUUUUAAAAACAAAUUCAUGGAGAUUAGGAUUGUUCAUUCCCCUUGAACCUCAUUGCAUCAUAGGAGGAAAGGUGCAAUUGAAGGCUUCUAGUGCUGUGGUUGAAAUGAUUUUUGGUAGUUCCACUAGUGCCAGACUAAUUUACUGAGAGUGCUCCAAAAUGAUAGAUGGUGUUGCAGAAUAAAGUAUUUCUCUAAUAUUCAGAAAUCUGUGGCAGACCUGAUGUUUGGCAUUGCUCAUGCUGGGAGUACAGAACAAAUUUACAUCCUUUAUGUACUGUUUUCCUUCAACUUGAGACAACAUUCACACAAAGAAUAAAAAUACUAUUUAUGCAAACCAAUUGACUGUGUAUAGUGGUUGGUUUCAGUAUCUGAAAUAUUCUGCACUAAGUGGAGUAGACUGCAGUUUUGUUCUCAUUCUACUUUGUUUCUGUUCGACUGUACUGGCAUCUUAGAAUUUUUUGAUCAAAGUGAAGGCUAUGCAUAGUGUUGUAAGGAUGUGCAUCCCUGUAAUUGAGUCCAGCUUUUCAGCAAUCUUGUGUUCUAUACAAUCACAACAAAUUGCAUUUAUACAGCGCCUUUCACAUCGGGAGGACGUCCCAAGGCCCUACCACAUGUCCUUGAUAUUACUAGUUGUAUUACAACUGUCCUACACCAGAUCAGAUUGAUUUGUUUUUUUUUUACAAAUGAAGAUUUCCUAUAAAAUUAAACCUUUGUACAUAAGCUGUUGCUAUACAAGCUGUUAUAACUUAUUGCCAUUGCUAGAUCUUUAGAUAUUUGAACUGAAACAUUAGUGAAAGAAGGAAACUACAAGCUUUCACUCUUUUGAGAAAGUUUACAUAAACAAGAGAACUAUUUUAGUAUUUCAGAAAUUCCAGUAAUUGUAUUUUCGUUAUGUGAUUUUUGUUUUUAGUUUGGUAUUAAUACAUUUUGACUGUGUGAUUGUGAGUUAUAUGGGUGUUGUCAGUUUUAGCUAGUUAUUUUUGAAAUGUAUGAUAAAAGAAUUCUGUCACUGCGUUGUUAGCCAUUAUGUUAUGGAUGGGUUUUCUGUGUUAAUCAUGGUGCAUAAUAUUUGUAGAAUGAUGUUAUUUACAACCUAAAAUGUAAAAUCUUUUUAUAUUUUACUGGA